CAGCAGCAGCAGCAGCAGCAGAGCGCCGUCCGACGCCGGGAUGUUUUGAACACACAGGACUGCCACCACCACCGCACUCGGAGCGUCGUCAGCUGGCACGGAAUGGUAUUUAUGAGCCGACAUUUCUUAUAUUACUGCAGUGAACCAAUCCUGGAUGUGAAGAUUGCCUUUUGUCAGGGGUUUGGUAAACAAGUGGAUGUGUCAUACAUCGCCAAGCAUUACAAUAUGAGCAAAAGCAAAGUGGACAACCAGUUCUACAGUGUCGAAGUUGGAGACUCUACCUUCACAGUUCUCAAACGGUACCAGAAUCUAAAGCCUAUUGGUUCUGGGGCUCAGGGAAUAGUCUGCGCUGGGUAUGAUGCUGUACUUGACAGAAAUGUCGCCAUCAAGAAGCUCAGCCGGCCGUUUCAGAACCAGACCCACGCCAAGCGGGCAUACCGGGAGCUGGUGUUGAUGAAGUGUGUCAACCAUAAAAACAUCAUCAGCUUAUUAAAUGUUUUUACACCACAGAAGUCUUUAGAAGAAUUUCAGGAUGUGUACUUGGUCAUGGAGCUGAUGGAUGCCAACCUGUGUCAGGUGAUUCAGAUGGAGCUAGACCAUGAGCGCAUGUCCUAUCUGCUCUACCAGAUGCUGUGUGGAAUCAAACACCUGCACUCUGCUGGCAUCAUCCACAGGGACCUGAAACCUAGCAAUAUCGUGGUCAAGUCUGACUGUACACUUAAAAUUCUGGAUUUUGGCCUGGCCCGGACCGCUGGCACGAGCUUCAUGAUGACCCCCUAUGUGGUGACGCGGUACUACCGAGCCCCAGAAGUCAUUCUGGGCAUGGGCUACAAGGAGAAUGUGGAUAUAUGGUCUGUUGGGUGCAUUAUGGGAGAAAUGGUUCGCCACAAAAUCCUGUUCCCAGGAAGGGACUAUAUUGACCAGUGGAACAAGGUGAUUGAACAGCUGGGGACGCCAUCGCCAGAGUUCAUGAAGAAGCUGCAGCCCACGGUGAGGAACUAUGUGGAGAACAGGCCCAAGUACGCUGGUCUGGCCUUCCCCAAGCUCUUCCCCGACUGCCUCUUCCCCGCGGAUUCGGAGCACAACAAGCUGAAAGCCAGCCAGGCCCGCGAUCUGUUGUCAAAGAUGUUGAUCAUUGACCCAGCGAAGCGGAUAUCUGUGGAUGAAGCCCUGCAGCACCCCUACAUCAAUGUGUGGUAUGACCCAUCUGAAGUGGAGGCGGCCAGAGAUCUCGUCCAAAUAUCAAUGCCUCCUCCUCAGAUUUACGACAAGCAGCUGGACGAGAGAGAACACUCUAUUGAUGAGUGGAAAGAGCUCAUCUACAAAGAAGUGAUGAACUUUGAGGAGAAAACAAAAAACGGCGUUGUGAAGGGACAACCUUCUCCUUCAGGUGCAGCCGUAAACAGCAGCGAGAGCCUCCCUCCAUCGUCCUCUGUCAACGACAUCUCCUCCAUGUCCACCGACCAGACCCUGGCCUCCGACACCGACAGCAGCUUGGAGACUUCUGCGGGACCCCUUGGUUGUUGCAGGUGACUAGCCGCCUGCCUGCGUAACCCAAUGUUCUUCAGAAGGUGAAGUGCGACAGGAAACGAAAACAAACGAACAAAAAAACAAAAAAAUGACAACAGAUAAAUAAAUAAAAGAUAAGGAAACAGAAUAAGAUAAAUCCAAGCCUGCAUUUUCAUUCUUAAAAAAAAAGUACUCGAAAGUACUAAAAAAAACACAAGCUGACAUGUAUAUUUAUAAACUUAUAGUAGCUUUGCUUAUAUCUCCCUUCAUAUGGCAUUAAGGAAACGUAGACAGGCAUCAUUCUGUAUAGUGUAAAUUUACUGGCUGAUAUCCGACGCCCUGCAAGCUUCUGUGCUCACGGUGUGUGUGGCAAGGUGAGCCUUUGUGUUCAUGACUUGUGUAGAUGCCUCUCCCCACCCCCACCGCCACCGCCACCCUUUUCCCCCGUCAUUGUCCCAGUUGACACUCUCCUGGACGGAUUCUGAGACUAAGAGCUAGGCGUGACUGUGUGUUGUUCUCCUGGGGAAAGCCUUGUACAGCGCCCCCCUUUAUUUUGUAUAUAUGUAAUUGUGUACAGCUGCAGGGCGCGCCGGGUGGGACUGACGGCCAGUACGGGGAACUCUAGCACACCUUGCCACAUUGCCACCUUGACCUUAGUUGCCCUUGCCUGUAGUCCUGCAUGGUUAUGAAAAUGCGAGUUAUACGAUAAAUACGUACAAAGAGUUUUGUUUAUAUGCCAUUGGAGAAAAAGACAAAUUUUUCAACCUGGGUCGGGAAGGGGGGAGUUUUGGAGCCGGAUGUAUGUUAGCGGCGGGACGCAAUGGUGAAGUACUGUCACCGUCAUCGUUGAGCUCACCCCUCAAGUCGUUCGGAGACGUUUAGCUCCUGUCACUGCACUGCAACGCUGGCUGUCGCACACUCCUGCAUGUCAUUGGAUCGUAACAUGAGGCAUACUCAUCGUAGGCAUCGUCACCUUGGGUUCAUCGUACCUUCUGGGCUGCGACACGGGGACAGCUUCCGAAACCACACUCAACUUUUGUAGUGGCUCAGUGAACGAGUUUAGUAGACGUAGAAUUAACAAGUGUUGACCUCCUUAGAGAACCGUUAUGUUGGUUGGUCGCUGCAGGUGAACGUAACAUUUAUCCGUUCAUCUCGUUUUUUCAUGUUUCUUUUUUAAAGUUUGAUCUUUAGGAAAAUAAUUACAUGUACUGACUACCUAUUCGCGGAACACUGGCACUCAUCCUUAUUUUGGAGGGGGGUGGGGUUAGGGGUGGUUAUUUAUUUGUGUAUUUAUUGAAAUCAAAAUUUGGCUAGUGCCUUUGAGAAACUGGAGAUUUGUCGUCAAAAAACUAAUCGGAACGGUACGGACGAGUGGAAACAUCGCAGUACUGGUAUGUUUUUACUCGCUGUAAACGUGACAAUGGUUUAUCGCUUAUUAGACUCUUUAUAUUGCAGAGGGAGGGAAGUUCACCUCUCUGCCAAUAUUGGCACAUCCUUUACUGAUGGACACCCAUAGCUUCAGAACAGAAGUACUACCGUCGCAUAUAAUAAUGGUCCUCUGUUUAAGUGUAGACAACUUUGAUCUCAGAAUUUUGUGUGUGUCCAAGACUUACAUGUAGUAGCAGCUAAUAUUCACCAUUAAGAUGCAGUGUAUUUUGGUUUCGCAGAAUAAUAUUAUUUUUUAAGUUGUGCUUGAUGGCAGCCGUUCAGUAGAGAAUGUGUUUUGAGUGUGCCAUUCCACGUUUUUAAAAAAGGAAUGGUUGAUGCAUUCCAGGUGUAUUUUGUUCUUUUCAUUCCACAUUUGCUCUUCUAACUUGUGCUAAUCUGAGAGACACUGUGUGGUAACAGUUGACUCAAGAUGAGUGGUUAACAUGCAAAAUGCAUGUUUAGUUUUUUCCCUCCAAAACCGACGUUCUACUGCAAAGAAAUUAUUUUUUCAAAAAUAAUCUCUUUUACCCAUCAUUCUCUGCUUGGUGCUUUCCAGCAUUCAUAUUGUUCUGAGUGAACUGGUUGACUGGUUGUGUGUGCUUUAAAACAAGUGUAGUUUACAGACCUAUUUGAUUUAGGUUCUUGGCCCCAUUUUUGGCUUUAGCGACGCUCUUCUGCUCACGUGUGUUAUAUCCGUUGAUGCGUUGUAAGCUAGCACAAAUAUCUGGUCCAAGCUAAGUUCCGGUUGCACUGUUAGCUAGUCGGGCAUUGGACGUGCUCUUUCAGAGGUGAUAUUAUUACCAUCUGAGUUCAGCCUUUCCGAGAAGUACCGAUUUGUCCGUCCCACGAUAUCCCCACUCAUCUGUUUGUGUCAGGUUAGCGAAAGCCAUAGAGCAUUUUGCUCACCUGGUCUCACUUAUUACACAGCUAAAAGGCAAGUGGAAAUAAUUGGGAAAAUGACUGUGGAACUGAAUCACAAUGCUCAAAUUCAAACCCUGUCCUCUAGGUACAGAGCUGAGGUGGAGAUAAUCCUAGCUACAAUUUGUGGUUGUAUCGGGCUGUUUAAAAAUGGCUUAGUAGAAGCACAGUUACGUCCUUGCAAUAGUGUUCCGUCAGCCUCGGUCGACAAUCAUUCAUCAGGGGAUCCAAAAUCCCACAUCGUGCUGAUUCUCCUGGGAGUUCAGUAUGCAAUACAAGUCCCUCUUGCUGGGUUUGACAUUAUCAGUUACCGUUUACUGUCAUUAAAAGGACAAAUCCUGGAUUCAGCUUCCAGUUAGAACAGAUGAUAUCUGAAUAGCUUGAGCUGACUGUCUCAUAUGGGCUGUGAAGGUUUCUCUAGGACUUUACACUGGUCUCCACUGGUCUCCACUAGUCCUGGGCCAGCUGUUCUCAGCCUUGCUCUUCAUAUUUUGUUCUGCACGUUGGAUUUUCUUCCUGCUCAGUUGCUAAUUAGCUUCUUUGAUAUAAAUGUUUGUUGAACAGAGUCGCACGAUUCCCCUGGAGUUAAAUGGAAUUUGUGAGGAAUAACCAGCUUGGUGGAGCUGUCAGAAAACAACUACAUACAUUCCUGUCAUUUGAUUGUUUGUGAAGCAGAAUACAUUAGUAGGCUGUGGCUUAUUGACUUUAAAAGGUUAAUCAAUCAGUGCACUUGUAAUUGAUUGAAGCCUUAGAAUCAUGGCUUUCGUAUUCAUCACAUAUGAAAUAAUUGACACUGCAUAUAGUACAUGCACUGCAUUUUUCUCCAAAUACAAGAAAUACAAAUUAUUUUCAUCAUUAGAGGUAUUCCAUGAGUAAUAAAAAUGGAAAGUCCUCAGCUAACAUUCUUAAUAAAGCAUAAAUUGCAGUGUCAUUGACUGAACGAGCCGCUCAGCCAUGGCUCAGUGACAAAUACCAGUAUGCAAAGGUUCCAGCAGCACCGGAAUCUACAAAGGUCAAGGUAGGGAACGCGAGCACGGAUAAAGCUGCUCAAAGUCAAGGUAAAAUGAAGGUUUUGGACAAGGACUGCAUGCUUAAAGUGCACAUUUGUCUCAUGAGCUACCUGACCUCCCUACUCUAAAUUUCGAUAAGUUUAUACCUGUACAAUUGUACUUGUACUAAAAUUGGGUUAUUAUUUCUACAUGUGCGAAACCGUUGUUAUAUUUUGAUGGAACACUGAUCAAACACAGGAACAUAUGUACUUGUGCGGCUCAAAGCUUGCUGGACGUUACCUCUCCACUAGGGCCCCUGCUGUUGUACCCUCGAACAAGGAAAAUGACCGGGACUUCUGCACUUCUCCAAGAAGCGAGCAGCUGCUUAAAUGGUUCGAAGUUGCUCUGGGGAGAAACGAACGGUCAUUUUAAAAAGUUCUAGUGGUCGCUGUCAUGAGGUGCUACGAAACCCCAAAUGCGAGCGGGGAUGAACGGCGAUGAGCGGUGGUUCGCGGGAAAUGUUCACCUGGGAGUUGUUUACAGCGGCACGACCUGGCAGACUGAACCUGCUGCCUUUACGAAAGGUGAACGACUGAAUGU